AUGGGUAGCUUAGCACACCUACGGGCUGGAAAAAGGGAGCUGGCUCAUGAGCUUCUUCAGCUAGCCAAUUUGGGGGUCAAAGUUAUAGAUUUAGGAGAUGCUGGAGUUACUAUUCAGACUAUAGCAACAUCAUCCUUAGUAGCCAAGGUGAAAAGGCUCCAGUAUAAAGACCCUUCCUUGACCCAUUACAAGGAUACAGCUCCGCAAAAGAAGAAAUCACCAUUCUUGGUUACUGGAGAGGGAGUCCUCAGGACUACUUACUCUGCCGAGGAUUAUGUGAAGCUUUAUAUUAAGGAGAUAGUCCGACUUCAUGGUGUUCCUGUAUCCAUUAUCUCUGACAGUGGUACGCAGUUUGCAGCUAAUUUUUGCAGAUCUUUUCAGGAGAGUCUGGGGACUCAGGUUACCGAGCAACUAUCAUAUGAAGAGGUUCCUAUUGCAAUCCUGGAUAGAUAA